UUCUAGAGAGAGAAAGUUCCAUUCCAUUUGGAGAGAGAGAAAGAGAGAGGGCCUUGAAAAAUCACCAGCGAUGGCUGCUUACAUGGACGAAGAAGAAGUGUUCAAAUGUCCAAAACACCCUUCCAAACGCCGUCGCAACGGAAUCUGUCCUACGUGUCUCCGGGACCGGCUCAUAACUCUCUGUCCUGAUUGUGCCAACGUGCGCCCCUGCGCAUGUUGCCCUGCGACGACGACGUCAUCUUCCUCCUCCUCGUCUUCGUCAACUUUCUCUUUCUUCUCAUCUGCCUCGUCUUCCCGCCGCGGCGGCCGAGUUUCCGACCUCCUUGACAAAGAGUCGGCCUUCCGGAGAUCGAGGUCCGUGGGAGUUCCUUUCUUAUUUACCCGCUUCGCGCGGGAGAAGCAGGCGGAGAAUUCGCCAGCGAGGAAGAAGAGCAGAACGGCCGCGCUUUUGGCGAAGUUUGGGCUGAAUAGUAGUAAGAGUAAGAAGAGAGAAGAAUUUGAGGAGAACAAAGAAAACGAAAAUUCGAAGGUAGCGGCGGCUGCGGCUCCGGCUCCGGCGGAGCAGAAAUUUGCUAAUUCUUGUAAUAGUGAUGGAAAUAAUGAAUGUAGGCAAAGUUGUAGUAACGCUAGUAUCGAGGAGUUCGCUAAUAUGAUGGUGAGGUCGAGGUCCGUGAGCGUCGGAAUGAUGAAUCAUUCCGGUGAGCGAAGACAUUCGUCGGCUUCGGCGUCGGGCAAGGGGAAAGGAUGGAGUUUUCCCAGUUCGAUGAAGGUUUUCCGGCCGAAGACUCCCAAGGUGGCCAACGAUCGGUCUCCGAUGUGCAGGGGCUGAGUAUUUAGUUUUAUCUCAUAAUCUUUAUCUUUUUUUUUUCCCUCCCUUCAAGAAAAAAACAUUUGUAUUCUUGGAAGUUUAGAUGCUGACUAGUGACUAUAAGCAAUUUUAACGCAUAACAAUAUCGCUUUCAUUUUC